UUGUCAUUAUACAGUCAACGCACUUUUCUGUCAUCAGCUGUGGUCAUCAUCAGAUUUUUGGGCAAAAAUUUGAUUCAAUGAUAUUAUUUACAUUCCCAGCUAACGAAUAAAAAUCAUGGCUGGAUCAGCGCUAAGGCGCCUCAUGGCUGAAUAUAAACAGCUAACCCUAAAUCCUCCAGAGGGCAUAAUAGCUGGUCCUAUCAAUGAAGAAAACUUCUUCGAGUGGGAGGCACUAAUAACUGGUCCCGAAGGAACAUGCUUUGAGGGUGGAAUAUUUCCAGCGAAACUAGUCUUCCCCCCGGACUAUCCUCUCAGCCCUCCUAAAAUGCAGUUUAUUUGCGAAAUGUUUCAUCCAAACAUCUACGCUGAUGGCCGCGUAUGUAUAUCAAUUCUCCAUGCGCCUGGUGAUGACCCAAUGGGCUAUGAGAGCAGUGCCGAGCGCUGGUCCCCGGUACAAAGUGUAGAGAAAAUAUUACUGUCCGUUGUCAGCAUGCUCGCUGAACCAAAUGACGAGAGCGGUGCUAACGUGGAUGCAGCCAAAAUGUGGAGAGAGGAUCGCGAACAGUUUAACAAAAUUGCUGAGCGACUUGUUAGGAAAACCCUGGGUUUGCCUCCGCCGUAAUAUCAUAGCAAUAAGGUCGAAUUUGACCACUUUUCUGGGAGAUGGUGAUUUUAACUUAUUGAUUCUAUAAGCGAUGUUUAGAAAUCUUAUAGAUAGCUUAUAUAUACCUUUUAGCGAACCUAUGGCGUUAAUGUGAAAUUAUGCAAUUCUGCCGUGAUUUUACUGAUAGGUAUACUGGAUUCGUUUUGUGGAAAAUAUUGAGUGUAAUACGCCAAAGUAAUCUUAAACGGCACAGCAAUAACUUUAUGACUGAUAUUAAAGCACUGAAUUACUUAAUUGUAUUGAAUAGUGAACUUACAUAAUACUAAUUAUUGUUAACUGUUUUAUCCAUUCCUAUUAUACCUGUUAUUUUCCAUAAAAUAUCCAAUGUCAAUUUUAUUAUCCAUAGUAUGAUCGAAGGUCUUAUUACGUGCAGUUGUCCAUUGCAAUCCUUAAACCAUUUGGCGUAAUAUUUGGUAGCUUCCAAAGCACUAUAGUUGUUUUAUGAUAAUAGAUGGGGGAAAGGAGAUACAUAUCAUACUUCCAAAAUAUGACAAAAAGAUAAACAUGGGAAUAUCCCAUAGACAACGUGAGCUAUAAGUAUCUUCCUUUUUAAGUUAUCCGGAGGAACAAUGGACUACUGUAUAAAAUUAUAAGCUAUAACCAUAGCGGCUCAUAAUAUUACCUCUUCGUAGUUUCAAUGAUUAUAUCGAAUUUAAAUCUUUUAGCAAUUUUAUUAGAGGAGUAGGGGAGAUUCCAUAAACAUGUUUUACAAAUUGUAUUUAUUGUUUUAACAGAAUCGACUUCCUAUAAGACAAGGCAUAAAUGAAUAUGACUCUAUUGUAAACUUUUUAAAAAUAAAUAUUUAUAAUUUA